CCACUUCGUAGGCCAGAAGCUCCUCGCCGGGUGCAAGGGCUGCUGGGAGUGGAGCCUCUGGGGUCUCGGGGAGGGGGCGCCGGGCGGCAGCCAUUUUGGAUUGCGAACCCGUCAACCGAAUUCCUCGUCGGGGAACUAGUGCAGCUGCUAAGCCGGUGAGGGCGUCCGUAGCGACUUAACGAACAGCCGGGAAGCAGCGGUCGAGAGCGGAACCUGGCCCGUCGAUGGAUGCCAUGGCAAGUCCAGGAAAAGAUAACUACAGAAUGAAAAGUUACAAGAAUAAAGCAUUAAAUCCUCAAGAAAUGCGCAGACGAAGAGAAGAAGAAGGAAUACAACUUCGAAAGCAAAAAAGGGAAGAACAGUUAUUCAAACGCAGAAAUGUCUCCCUUCCAGCAAAUGAUGACUCUAUGCUUGAAAGUCCCAUCCAGGAUCCAGAUAUCAGCUCUACAGUACCUGUUCCUGAGGAAGACGUUAUUACUGCUGAUAUGGUGCAGAUGAUUUUCUCUGAUGAUGCUGACCAACAGCUUACAGCAACACAGAAGUUUCGAAAGUUGCUUUCUAAAGAACCUAAUCCACCUAUUGAUGAAGUUAUACAGAAACCAGGAGUUGUACAAAGAUUUGUGAAGUUUCUUGAAAGAAAUGAGAAUUGUACUUUACAGUUUGAAGCUGCCUGGGCUUUAACUAAUAUAGCAUCUGGAACCUUUCUACACACCAAGGUGGUAAUUGAAACUGGAGCUGUUCCAAUUUUUAUCAAACUCCUCAAUUCAGAACAUGAAGAUGUACAGGAACAGGCAGUAUGGGCACUUGGUAAUAUUGCUGGUGACAAUGCAGAAUGCAGAGACUUUGUUUUGAUUUGUGGAAUACUCCCCCCUCUCUUAGAGUUACUGACAAAUUCAAACAGACUCACAACAACUCGAAAUGCUGUAUGGGCUCUUUCUAAUUUAUGUAGAGGCAAGAACCCCCCUCCAGACUUCAGUAAGGUAUCACCUUGCUUAAAUGUUCUAUCAAGAUUAUUGUUUAGCAGUGACUCAGAUGUAUUAGCAGAUGCUUGUUGGGCUCUUUCUUAUCUUUCUGAUGGGCCCAAUGACAAAAUCCAAGCAGUCAUUGACUCUGGAGUCUGUCGAAGAUUGGUGGAACUUUUGAUGCAUAAUGAUUAUAAAGUGGUAUCACCUGCCCUAAGAGCUGUUGGUAAUAUUGUGACAGGUGAUGACAUUCAAACACAGGUAAUUCUGAAUUGCUCUGCAUUACCUUGCCUCUUACACCUACUGAGUAGUCCAAAAGAAUCAAUUAGAAAAGAGGCUUGCUGGACUGUGUCUAACAUCACUGCAGGAAAUAGAGCACAGAUUCAGGCUGUUAUAGAUGCAAAUAUAUUUCCUGUUUUGAUUGAAAUUCUCCAGAAAGCUGAAUUUCGUACAAGAAAAGAGGCAGCAUGGGCCAUAACCAAUGCAACAUCUGGAGGCACUCCAGAACAGAUACGGUAUCUAGUAGCAUUAGGUUGUAUUAAACCUCUUUGUGACCUUUUGACUGUGAUGGAUUCCAAAAUAGUCCAAGUGGCUUUAAAUGGUCUUGAAAAUAUUUUACGUCUCGGGGAGCAAGAAGCGAGACAAAAUGGAGUGGGCAUCAAUCCAUACUGCGCUCUCAUUGAAGAAGCAUAUGGUCUGGAUAAAAUUGAGUUUCUUCAAAGCCACGAAAAUCAAGAGAUCUACCAAAAGGCUUUUGAUUUAAUUGAACACUACUUUGGUGUGGAAGAUGAGGAUGCCAACAUUGUUCCCCAGGUGGAUGAAGACCAGCAGCAGUUUGUUUUUCAACAGCAGGAAGCACCAAUGGAAGGGUUUCAAUUAUAAGUAGCUAAGUGAAAAGAAACAUCACGUUAAAUGUUGGCUUCGCAUAGUUCCUCUUUUUGGCCAGUCAGAAAGUUUGAUGUGGUUUUGGAGAGGACAAAAAAAAGAAGCAGUUGAUGCACUUUUAAAAAACAAAAAAAUAAUUCUGUUUAGAUGUACCUCUCUUCAUUUAUAGCUUUUGUCUUUUGUAUUUAUACAUUUUGUUAGAUUUUUUUGUAACUGACUUGUGAGUUGUGUGCAUUAAAUAUAUAAUUUAAAAACUUGAGCUUGAAAGGGAGAACCUUAGUAAAGUAUUAAAUAGUGGUUCUGAAUUUUUUCAGGCAUUCUUUGAAACUGCAUAUCAGCAGUAACAGCUGUUGAUAAUUGCAUUUUGACAGUAAGUCUGACAUGCCCAGUUUCUUCAAUCUACCUCUGUCCUGAAGCAAAAAAUGUCACAUUGCUUCAGAACAAAAGCAUAAAAUAAAAGACAAACUAGUCAAAGCUAAAUUAGAAUGUGAAAUAUUUAUUACUUUAAAUUGUGAAACACUGUGUUGUACAUUAUACUUUGCAGAAAAAAAACCCCGUUAACCUAUUUAUGAAAAAAAUUUAAAAUAUCAUGUACUGAAAAAGAGACUUGUCCUUAAAAGAUGGCAGUUUAAGAAAAGAAAAGCUGUUCUGGUUUAUGUUGAGCAUACACUACAAUGUUUGCUUUUCUUGAAUCAUUUACUUAUUUCUUUUGGAAUAUAUACAAUGUUCACAGAAUCUCAGAUUUUAUUAGUAUGACUGACCAAAUAUGCUGCCUUUUUUUUGCUGCUUUUUUUCCACUUAAUUGUAGACAGUAGUACAUCAUGACAGAUGUUUAGUUAUGAAUGUAAAGUACUGCUGCAUAGCAAAAACAAUACAAUAAUUAUUUCUCUGAUUUUUGUCAGAACAGUAAUAGAAAAGUUGUGCUUUUCUUUGUAGUCAUUAAAUUACUUGAAUGCCAAAAUUAUUUUAAAGAAGUCAGAUCGUUCUAUAUUAACUUUGGAAAAUGUGUUUAAUGUUAUUUGGGCACUAAAUGACCAAUAUCAAUGAGAAAUGCUAAGGAUUCUUGACUGUGUUUGAAAUCUACAUUAGAUUUUAUGGCAGAAUACUCAAAUGAUCACAUUGCUGCUUGAUGUAUACUUUAGACAACUUAAUGAUUCAGUGUUUCAGAAUACCCACUAUCAUUUUAAGCCAUGUUUCAAGUCAGAUUUCAUGUAUUGAGAUUAAAGGAAAAAACCUUCAAAAUAUAAAACUAAUAAAAUCAUGCAUUAUUUACUUUGUGAAAAGUGUUCUUCCCUUGGUACUGUGCUUGAUAGAAGUUUUGAAGCAGAUGUAGUACUAUUGAAUUCAUUUUUUAUUUAUAGUUACUAAAUAAUAGCCAACUAUUUGCAUUUCCAAUCAAUAUUUACCUAGAAUAUGUUUUUAAAUGUAGUUUACAGCUGUUUUAAGAUGGUGUUUGAUGCAGUUUUGAUAAGAUUCUUAGUCAUUUCAGACUAUUAUACAGAAAGAUUUAAUUUGAUAUGUAGCAACAUUUAUAGUUUGAUUCCACUGAAAAUCAGAGGCAUGUUACAGGACAAAAAUGUACAUGGGAGUGCUAUUAAUACUUUGUAAAUUAUAUAUAAUGAAACUAAGCUUUUUAGCAGAACAUUUAAAACCAACAAAUACACAAAAU